GGGGAGGGAGUAAGGGGCUGGGACUGUGCUCUCUUCCUCUGCAGAAACAGCUCCCUGCCAACACAACGCGCUCAGAAUGGCUUUGAAGAGGAGGAGCAGCAGCGUUUGAACAUCUCUCGUUUUUUCUUUUUUUUUUUUUUUUUUUGCCUUCCUCCUUUUCUUACUCUUGUAGUUGGUGGAUUUUAAAAAGACAUUUAGCCCUCAGAGGUUUGUCCUGGAUGCUUUUGCUUUUUUUCCUUUCCCCCCCCUCUCUCUUGUUUCCCCCCUUCCUGUUCUUUUUUAUGGUUUAACAGCCAGAGGUGCUGUGCUAAAUUCUUGGAAGGGGCCCGGAUGUACUGAGGAUGCAUUGCAAUUUCACUAAAGGAGGCAGUAGUGGAAAGGAUCAGUUUUUGGUGUUUGAUGCAAUAAUGGGAAUCAGGUAAUAAUAAAAGGGGAAAUUCUGCAGCUCCAUUCUUCCUUGAAUUUUACCAAGCCGAUUUUCGGAGGGAUUAAUCUGGACUCGUUUUAAAUGGUCAAUGAAAACAAGAGGAUGUACAUUCCAGAAGAAAACCAUCAAGGUUCCAACUAUGGGAGUCCCCGCCCGGCUCAUGCCAACAUGAACGCCAAUGCAGCUGCAGGGCUUGCCCCAGAGCACAUCCCAACUCCGGGGGCAGCUCUGUCCUGGCAAGCUGCGAUCGAUGCCGCCAGGCAAGCCAAGCUGAUGGGUAGCGCUGGCAACGCGACGAUAUCCACCGCCAGCUCCACGCAGAGGAAACGGCAGCAGUACGGGAAGCAGAAAAAACAGGGUACCACCACAGCCACGCGUCCUCCCCGCGCACUGCUGUGUUUGACACUGAAAAAUCCCAUCCGGAGGGCCUGUAUCAGCAUCGUCGAAUGGAAACCAUUUGAAAUAAUUAUUUUACUGACUAUUUUUGCCAAUUGUGUGGCCUUAGCUAUCUAUAUCCCCUUUCCAGAAGAUGAUUCCAAUGCCACCAAUUCCAAUCUGGAACGAGUGGAAUAUCUCUUUCUCAUAAUUUUUACAGUGGAAGCAUUUUUAAAAGUAAUAGCAUACGGACUUCUCUUUCACCCCAACGCUUACCUCCGCAAUGGCUGGAAUUUACUAGAUUUUAUAAUUGUGGUAGUAGGGCUUUUUAGUGCAAUUUUAGAACAAGCAACCAAAGCAGAUGGGGGGAAUUCAAUAGGAGGAAAAGGUGCCGGAUUCGAUGUUAAAGCACUGCGGGCUUUCCGAGUAUUACGUCCAUUACGGCUAGUGUCUGGAGUUCCCAGUCUCCAGGUGGUUUUAAAUUCCAUUAUCAAGGCCAUGGUCCCUUUGUUGCAUAUUGCCCUGCUAGUGCUGUUUGUCAUUAUUAUCUAUGCCAUCAUUGGACUGGAGUUAUUCAUGGGGAAGAUGCAUAAGACCUGCUACCACGUGCAAGGGGGACUGAUAGAUACGCCCGCAGAGGACGACCCAUCUCCCUGUGCCCCCCAGUCGGCGCACGGGCGGCAGUGUCAGAACGGCACGGAGUGCAAGGCAGGCUGGGAGGGACCUAAACAUGGCAUCACCAACUUUGACAACUUUGCUUUUGCCAUGCUGACAGUGUUUCAGUGCAUCACGAUGGAGGGCUGGACAGAUGUGCUCUACUGGAUGCAGGACGCUAUGGGCUAUGAGUUACCAUGGGUGUAUUUUGUCAGUCUGGUCAUCUUUGGAUCCUUUUUCGUUCUAAAUCUGGUUCUUGGUGUGUUGAGCGGGGAGUUUUCCAAAGAAAGAGAGAAGGCUAAGGCUCGAGGUGAUUUCCAGAAGUUACGGGAAAAACAACAGCUAGAGGAGGAUCUGAAGGGAUACUUGGACUGGAUAACUCAAGCGGAAGAUAUUGAUCCAGAAAAUGAAGAUGAAGGCAUGGAUGAGGAGAAGCCUCGAAACAGAAGCACUCCAGCUGGUUUGCCUGAUGAGAAGAAAGGAAAGUUUGCUUGGUUUAGUCACUCUACAGAAACCCAUGUGAGCAUGCCCACCAGUGAGACCGAGUCCGUGAACACAGACAACGUCCCUGGAGCGGACAUGGAAGGCGAGAACUGCGGCGCGAGGCUGGCGCACCGGAUCUCCAAAUCAAAAUUUAGUCGCUACUGGCGCCGAUGGAAUCGAUUCUGCAGAAGGAAGUGCCGUGCCGCUGUCAAGUCCAAUGUUUUCUAUUGGUUGGUGAUCUUCCUUGUGUUCCUCAACACCCUCACCAUUGCCUCUGAACACUACAACCAGCCAGACUGGCUCACGGAGGUCCAAGACACUGCCAAUAAGGUGCUGCUAGCUCUUUUCACGGCAGAGAUGCUGCUGAAGAUGUACAGCCUUGGUCUCCAGGCCUAUUUUGUGUCCCUCUUCAACCGCUUUGACUGUUUCAUUGUGUGCGGAGGAAUCCUGGAAACGAUCCUGGUUGAGACAAAGAUCAUGUCACCGCUGGGCAUUUCGGUUUUGAGAUGUGUCCGACUCCUAAGAAUAUUUAAAAUCACAAGAUAUUGGAACUCCCUGAGUAACCUUGUGGCUUCCCUCCUGAACUCAGUUCGCUCCAUUGCCUCUCUCUUGCUGCUUCUCUUCCUCUUCAUUAUCAUCUUCUCACUCCUGGGGAUGCAGCUCUUUGGGGGCAAGUUUAACUUUGAUGAGAUGCAGACCAGGAGGAGUACAUUUGACAACUUCCCGCAGUCCCUCCUCACAGUGUUUCAGAUCCUGACUGGGGAGGACUGGAAUUCGGUGAUGUAUGAUGGGAUCAUGGCUUAUGGCGGCCCCUCUUUUCCAGGAAUGUUGGUCUGUAUUUACUUCAUCAUCCUCUUCAUCUGUGGAAACUAUAUCCUGCUGAAUGUAUUUUUGGCCAUUGCUGUGGACAACCUUGCUGAUGCUGAGAGUUUAACAUCUGCACAGAAAGAGGAGGAAGAGGAAAAAGAAAGGAAAAAGCUAGCAAGAACUGCUAGUCCUGAAAAGAAACAGGAGAUGGAAAAAACAGCUGUGGAGGAAGAGACAAAGGAGGAGAAAAUUGAGCUGAAAUCGAUCACUGCUGAUGGAGAAUCCCCACCUGCUACCAAGAUCAAUGUGGAUGACUAUCAGCCCAAUGAAAACGAAGAAAAGAGCCCAUAUCCUACAACAGAAGCACCAGCAGAGGAAGAUGAGGAAGAACCUGAGAUGCCUGUCGGCCCUCGGCCUCGCCCAAUGUCUGAGCUGCACCUCAAGGAAAAGGCUGUGCCCAUGCCUGAUGCCAGUGCUUUUUUCAUCUUCAGUCCUAGCAACAGGUUUCGUGUCCACUGCCAUCGAAUCGUUAACGAUAACAUUUUCACCAACCUGAUCCUAUUUUUCAUCUUGCUCAGCAGCAUCUCCCUGGCAGCUGAGGACCCUGUCCGACACCUCUCCUUUAGGAACCAAAUCCUAGGCAAUGCAGACUAUGUCUUCACUAGUAUCUUUACAUUAGAAAUUAUUCUUAAGAUGACUGCGUACGGGGCUUUCCUCCAUAAGGGCUCCUUCUGCAGAAACUAUUUCAACAUCCUAGACCUGCUGGUGGUCAGCGUUUCUCUCAUCUCCUUUGGGAUCCAAUCCAGUGCCAUUAAUGUGGUGAAGAUCCUGCGUGUUCUGCGAGUCCUUAGGCCACUGAGGGCCAUCAACAGAGCCAAAGGACUUAAGCACGUGGUCCAGUGUGUGUUUGUCGCCAUCCGAACCAUCGGAAACAUCGUGAUUGUCACCACCUUGCUGCAGUUCAUGUUUGCCUGCAUUGGAGUUCAGUUGUUCAAGGGCAAGCUGUACAGCUGCACUGAUAGCUCCAAGCAGACAGAAGCAGAAUGCAGAGGGUACUACAUCACCUACAAGGAUGGGGAGGUCAGCCAGCCCAUGAUACAGCCCCGGAGCUGGGAGAACAGCAAGUUUGACUUCGACAACGUCUUGACUGCCAUGAUGGCCCUCUUCACUGUCUCAACCUUUGAGGGCUGGCCAGAGUUGCUGUAUAGGUCCAUUGAUUCCCACAUGGAAGAUGUGGGACCCAUCUAUAAUCACAGGGUUGAGAUCUCCAUCUUCUUUAUUAUCUACAUCAUCAUCAUUGCUUUCUUCAUGAUGAACAUCUUCGUUGGUUUCGUCAUCGUCACAUUUCAGGAACAAGGAGAACAAGAGUACAAGAACUGUGAGCUGGACAAAAACCAGCGCCAGUGUGUAGAAUAUGCCCUGAAAGCCCGGCCCCUGCGGAGAUACAUCCCUAAAAACCAGUACCAGUACAAAGUCUGGUAUGUGGUCAACUCCACCUAUUUUGAAUACCUGAUGUUCGUUCUGAUCCUGCUGAACACCAUCUGCCUGGCCAUGCAACACUACGGUCAGAGCUGCAUGUUCAAGGAAGCCAUGAACAUCCUCAACAUGCUCUUCACUGGCCUCUUCACUGUUGAGAUGGUCCUGAAAUUAAUCGCCUUCAAACCCAAGGGUUACUUUAGUGAUCCUUGGAAUGUUUUUGACUUCCUCAUCGUAAUUGGCAGCAUUAUAGACGUCAUUCUCAGUGAAACUAAUCACUAUUUCUGUGAUGCAUGGAAUACAUUUGACGCCUUGAUUGUUGUGGGUAGCAUUGUUGAUAUAGCAAUCACCGAGGUGAACCCAGCUGAACAUACCCAAUGCUCUUCCUCUAUGAACGCAGAGGAAAACUCUCGCAUCUCAAUCACCUUCUUCCGACUCUUCCGCGUGAUGCGUCUCGUGAAGCUCCUGAGCCGAGGGGAGGGCAUCCGGACUCUGCUUUGGACCUUCAUCAAAUCCUUCCAGGCUCUCCCCUACGUGGCUCUUUUAAUAGUGAUGUUGUUCUUCAUCUACGCUGUGAUUGGGAUGCAGGUGUUUGGUAAAAUUGCGCUGAAUGAUACCACAGAAAUCAACCGCAACAACAACUUCCAGACCUUCCCCCAGGCAGUGCUGCUGCUUUUCAGGUGUGCAACUGGUGAGGCCUGGCAGGAAAUCAUGCUGGCGUGUCUCCCGGACAAGAAGUGCGACCCGGAGUCGGAGCCGGCCAACUCCACCGAAGCCGAUCACUCCUGUGGCAGCAGCUUCGCCGUCUUCUAUUUCAUCAGCUUCUACAUGCUCUGUGCCUUCCUGAUCAUCAAUCUUUUUGUAGCUGUUAUAAUGGAUAACUUCGAUUACCUGACACGGGACUGGUCCAUUUUAGGACCACACCACCUGGAUGAGUUUAAAAGGAUCUGGGCAGAGUAUGACCCUGAAGCUAAGGGACGGAUCAAACACCUGGAUGUGGUGACGCUGCUCCGGCGGAUUCAGCCCCCCCUGGGCUUCGGGAAGCUCUGCCCUCACCGGGUCGCUUGCAAACGCCUUGUCUCCAUGAACAUGCCACUGAACAGUGAUGGGACUGUCAUGUUCAAUGCCACUCUCUUUGCUUUGGUCAGAACAGCACUGAGGAUCAAGACAGAAGGUAACCUGGAGCAAGCCAACGAAGAGCUGAGAGCAAUAAUUAAGAAAAUCUGGAAGCGCACCAGCAUGAAGCUGCUGGACCAGGUGGUGCCUCCCGCAGGUGACGACGAGGUGACCGUCGGGAAGUUCUACGCCACUUUCCUGAUUCAGGAGUAUUUCCGGAAGUUCAAGAAACGUAAAGAGCAGGGGCUGGUGGGAAAGCCCUCCCAGCGCAACGCACUCUCCUUACAGUUUGCUGUUUUGCAGGCUGGUCUGCGCACACUCCACGACAUCGGGCCAGAGAUCCGGCGAGCAAUUUCUGGAGACCUGACAGCUGAAGAAGAGUUAGAUAAGGCCAUGAAAGAAGCUGUCUCUGCUGCCUCUGAAGAUGAUAUCUUCCGGAGAGCUGGAGGCUUGUUUGGAAACCAUGUCAGCUAUUACCAAAGUGAUGGCAGGAGCGCAUUUCCCCAGACAUUUACCACUCAGCGACCUCUACACAUCAAUAAGUCUGGCAACAACCACGGAGAUACCGAGUCUCCAUCUCACGAGAAGCUGGUGGACUCCACCUUCACUCCCAGCAGCUACUCAUCUUCAGGCUCCAAUGCCAACAUCAACAAUGCCAACAACACUGCCCUGUGCCGCUUCCCCAGCCCACCCACCUACCCCAGCACUGUCAGCACAGUGGAAGGCCAUGGGACCCCCUUGUCACCCACGAUAUGUGUGCAGGAGGCUCCUUGGAAACUACCAUCCAAAAGGACACAUUACUACGAAACACUGGGACGCUCCAGUUCCAGAGACAGCCAGCUGGCAAUUGUUUGCCAAGAGGAAGUGUCUCAGGAUGAGACUUAUGAUGAAAAUUUGAAUGAAGACAUUGAGUACUGUAGCGAACCAAGUCUGCUCUCUACCGAAAUGCUUGCAUACCAAGAUGAUGAAAACAGACAACUCACUCCACCAGAAAACAGCAAAGGAGAGGACACACGGCACUCUCCGAAGAAAGGGUUUCUGUGCUCCUCAGCACUAGGUCGAAGGGCAUCUUUUCACUUAGAGUGUUUGAAAAGACAGAAGAACCAGGGCGUGGACGUCUCGCAGAAGACAGUUCUGCCUUUGCAUCUGGUACAUCAUCAGGCAUUAGCGGUGGCCGGCCUGAGUCCCCUGCUCCAGCGAAGCCAUUCCCCCACCACGUUCUCCCGGCUGUGUGCUACGCCCCCCGCCACCCCCUGCAACCGUGGCUGGCCGCAGCAGACCAUCCCGACCCUGCGCCUCGACGGGGCGGAGUCCACUGAGAAGCUCAACAGCAGCUUCCCGUCGGUGCACUGCGGCUCCCGGUUCCCCGACAGCACCGGCUGCAGCAGCCCCAGGAGAGCCAGGCCGGUGUCCCUCACCGUCCCCAGCCCGAGCGCCGGGAGCAGCAGGCAGUUCCACGGCAGCGCCAGCAGCCUGGUGGAAGCGGUCUUGAUCUCGGAAGGACUGAUGCAGUUUGCUCAAGAUCCAAAGUUCAUUGAGGUCACAACCCAGGAGCUCGCAGACGCCUGCGACAUGACGAUAGAAGAGAUGGAAAAUGCAGCAGACAACAUUCUCAAUGGUAACAGCAAGCAGAGCCCCAAUGGCAACCUCUUGCCUUUUGCUAACUGCAGGGACCCAGGGCAGGACAGUGCAGGAGAGGAAGAGGAAGAGGUGCAGAACCCGGAUUGUAGAAUAAGUCAGGAGGAGCUCAAGGACAGCAGGAUUUAUAUCAGCAGCCUGUAGUUGCCAGGGCUGGAAGCGAUGCUGGUUUUUUAUUUGUUUCAAUGUUCCUAAUGGGUUUGUUUCAGAAGUGCCUCACUGUUCUCGUGACCUGGAGUAACCGGAACAGCGUUCUUCAUUCAUUUCUGUUGGGACGAGUCGCAGAGUUGGGUGGUGUAAGAAAGCUUUUCAGGAGCGGAUAUAACCCCAGCACGUGUCCAUGAAGGAAGAGUGAGGAGGAGGAGGAAGAAGAGGAGGAGAGCCAGCUCCCUCUUUUUUUCAGUCCCUGCACAAGGAACGACAACUGCCUCCGGAGCACGAAGGGGAACCUCAGCUUCCUGUGGAUGGCCCUAGCCAAAAGGACCCUGCGCCAAACGGGUGUCUUUCGACUUUGCUUGUAAAAAUCAUUUUGCACAUAUUCUGUAUGAGCCUCACCGUCUCCAUAAAGCCAAGGCCCUUUGAUUCGGAAGGAGAGGAAGACUUCUGCUGUGGAUUCCCACGCCACGAGGGGGAGGAGGAAGCAGGAGAAGCGCAGGGGUGCCCGAGGGGCAAGCAGCGGAGCUGCCCAGCCCCGCCGAGACUCCCAGGCAGCGGUCCCUGCCAACCAAUCCGAGUGCAGGCAGCCACUCCUGCCGACCAAUCAGAGCUCGGGCAGUCACCUGCCAGCCAAUCCGAGCUCAGGCAGCCUCCUGCCGGCCAAUCAGAGCUCAGACAGCCAGCUAUGCCAGCCAAUGGGAGCACUGGCUCUGCGGUGGGGCAGAGCCAACCCGCCCCGCCCGUGUUGAGGUGGUGGUGGGCUCGUGUAGAUCUCUUCUUGUUUUGCAGUUUGAUAUUUCCUUGAAAGCAUGUUGCAGUUUUUAUUUUGACUUUUUUUUUUUUUUUUUUUUUUUUCCUUUUUUUUUUUUUUUUUGAGGGAGGAGGGAGUGUUUACAGCGUUUUGUAAUCACCUACCUUUUUUGGUUUGGUUUAUUUUCACCUUUGCAAAUGUUAAAUUGGUUUGAUCAUGUUGUAUUAUUUAAACUGGGGGGGGGGGCGAUUUCUCCAUUGAAAUUUGGUAGAAGUAUAACGAUAAUAGACGAGUUUUACCAACCAUUAUGUACACCAAGAAUUUGUAAUUUUAUUUACUAGUAACUGAAACCAUUUUUUGUUGUUGUUUUAUAAUUUAAAGAUAGUAGGCAAUGCACUUGAUAUAGUCUUGCACAUUUGAGUGAUUGAUUUGGGUUCUUUUUAGUGCUAAGUAUAUCUGUGAGUGUGGGAGCAAUACGGGGUGAGUGUGCGUGCGCGCGCGCGUGUGUGUGUAAGUGCAUGCAGCUCUCCACAUCCUGGUUUGAGCUGCAGGAGUUCUGUAUCUGGGGCCAUUUGAAUGCAAAAGCGAACCACUGUCUCUGCUUUGGAAAAGGGAAUCAGUAACUUUGCAUUUUCUGUUCCACAAGAUAUGCAAAAACAAUGCAAUAAUAUUAAUUUUGAAAAUAAAAUUGUAAGUUGUGUUGGCAUUAAAACUGUAUAGAAAAAAAAAAUUGCGGGGGUGGGGGGAAACUAAAAAGAAAAAAACCCCAGAAGGCGUUACGCUUCGAUAUAUUCCGUGUGAUGUUUUAUUGCAUUGACAAUGUUUCUGUUGAAGAAACCGUUAUACUUGAAUUCAGGUCAGUUUCAGUAUUUUUCAAAUAUUUUUUUAAAAUGAAUUGCAAUUGUGCCAAGCAAAGAUAAUGAAUCGAAUUAAGUUUGUUUAAAAAAAAAAAGAAAAAAAAGAAUCACUUCUUGUAUAUUUUGCUGCAUGUCAAGUGAAUCAUUUCGUAUUUGGAAUGUGCCAAGCUUUACCUUUGAACUUUUAAGUGCUUUUCUACGUGUGGUUGGGGAAAGGGGUACUGUUUUUUUUUUUUUUCCUUUUUUAAUUUGUACAAUGAACAAAGUGUACCUGGUGUAAGUAACUAUUCUGCAAUCCACUGACAGGUUGAACGUUACUGAUUUUGCAUAUCUUGUGUUCAUUUUCCUUCUUCCUCACUCCCUUUUAACAUGCACGAUGACUUUAUUGGUAGAGAAUCUUUCUUCCCUAGACUGGGACAUUUUAUUCAGGCUUCAUUUUCUUUUGGUUUUGCACAGUUUCUCUAAAGGUCUCGUCCCACUCAAGGGUGGCAAGACCCCCAAGCUCAUUUGGCAGAUCCAUCCUACACAUUCAGCUGGCACCAGCAAUUCAAGGAGCGAGGGAAAAAAAUCUGCUUUCAAAAUUAUUUAAUUAGAUAGCUGACCCUGCUCAGUUAUAGCAGUGUGCUGGGAUAAGAAAUGCAAGAAUCAGAAUAAUUAGCAAAGUACAGUUAUCUAACUCUGGCCUGGACUGAAAGCAGAGGGUAAGUAAGUGAGGGAGGGAGCUCUGUUGCAGUUUGGUCAAGAUGCAGAUGCUGAGUGACUUUUGGGUGUUCCUAUGCAUAGCAUAGUCUCAGUCCUUUUCCCAGACUUUAGUGGAUGGGUCAGAUUCUAAGCCACAAAACAUCUGACAGCAUAGCUUGUCCCAGCCAGAUUUCCUGACUAGUGCAUAUGAAACUGUCUUUUGUCACAUUGAUACUCAGCCCUAACCCAUGAGAGAGGCUGAAAAAAACAGGCAUGUAUUGUUAGAUUUUAUGCAACUGAUUUUUGUCCAGGCUAUUGCUGUUUUUCCUCCCUUCUCAAGAUGGUUCACAAAUUUGCAGAUCAGUGCUGAGUUGGGUGGUGUGAUCUGACUCAGAUCUAAACUUCCAUUCAAAUCUUGAGCUUCUGCAGAUGUCCCAGAACACCACUUAUUGCAUACUUUGAUUGCAUUGUUUUUGUAAUGCUCUUGUUUUUCUUCUUGAUUCUCUGGGGCAUAAAGGAGAAAUAGCAAAGGGUGGUUUUGACAGUACAUUUUUUGAACCAGCCAGUAUCAGCUCAAGAUACCUUCACAAAAACCCCAAGUACGUUUAAACUAGAGAAAUACAAAUCCAUUUGUACAACCGUCUGUCAUCAAAGUCAUAAUUCAAGACUUCUCUGGAGAAAGUAUCCAGCUGAUGUCAGUCAGUCUCACCCUUUCCAUCCCUUGUGCCUGUAUCAAGAUGGGCACACAAGUGUGUCUCCCUUUGAGGUUGCUGCUGCUAGUGCUGAUAUGCUCCAAAGGUACUUGAAAGGAAAGAAUGCUGUGCCUGGCAAUGUAAGGGCUCCCUGUCUCAUUUUCUUCCACUAGAAAGUCCAUCUGACUCUCCCAGGGGGAGACAGAAGGUCUUCUCCAGUCCUGACAAAAAGAACACUUAAUCUAAAUUAGUGGUGACAAAGGGCAUUUUGGAUGUUUGGCAAUCCGUGUCAUCCCUGAGGACUUCUUGAUGGGAAGGAAAAUGGCAGAAAUUAUUAUGCCCCACACACAUUCCUGGUGAAAGCUGCGACUUCCUCGGGGGUCAGAGCCUACAAUGUCCUGGGGAAACUCUGCUCUGUCCUAGGUCCUGCAGAGUGGAAAAUGUAUGGCUAGCAGAGAAUGCACAUGACUUUUGCAGUUUCAGGGGCAGAUACUCAAUUUAGCAAUUGCUGGUGCCAGCUGUGCAAAUUUCUCUUUCUGGGGAGGGCGGCAUUUUUAUUUAUUUGUUUUUCAUUUGAGGUACUUCCAAUGUGCACAUUGUGACAGGCCUGAGCAGAGAGCUACUGCCUCCUUCAAGUGAGGCAGAGUCUGGGGGACAGUGGGAAGGAGGAGGCAGGUUUAGUUCCUGGAGUGUUUCCCUGUGUAUGGGAGUGGAUGGUGGGUAUGUACAAUCACUGUGCUGUGGAUGGAAGCUUUGAGGGAACUGAUGGCUGAGGAGUGGCAUGGAAGGAAAGGAAAGAACGGGGAAAAGAAAACAAUCUGCUGUUUGCCUGAGCCUCUCUGACUUGCAAGAGUACACUGCAGACUAAAGACAUUUCUUCUAAAACAACAAACCUCUUCCCUGUAUCACUCCUGCUCAUUAGUCCAGACACUACUGGGCCAGCCACACCGGGUGCAUUUCUUUUUUUUUCUUCCUUAUUUCUGUGUGGCUGACUUGAUGGGAAAGAAAGCGGAACUCAUGAUCCAGAGCUGGAGUUUCGAUAUCCACAAACCUUUUGUGCAUCAUCUGCCUCUUCAGCUGGACAUGUGGACGAUGAUGGUGUAGAUGCUGCUGCUACUGCAGGGGUCCCGCCUGGUUUAUUACCCUGCCCACCACACCCCAGCACGGAGGGACAGCCAGAGAGGCGCCAUGUACAGAAUCGCAUCUAUUUCUGCUUUGUUUUCUGACUCAGAACCCUGCCCCGAUGACUACGACAACAACGACAACAACAACAACAACAAAGAAAGGGCAAAUGCAUUUUUUACAUUUCUUGAUAAUUUCCAAAGCAAUGUAUCAUUGCUUUCUUUAGACUGACGCCAAUAUAACAGUUGUAUGGGUCUCAGCCAGGCUCCUGUGUCUUUUCUGCCUGAUAGUUUCAGAUUGCUGUAUGGAAUGUAUGCGCGUUUGCACACAGACACGAUCACACGGGGUGGCGGCACCACGGGCCCGUGGGGUUGCUCACCUGUGUCACAGAUGAAGUUGGAGGCCUUGCUUCGUACGUGUAGAUGAGAAACCCCGACCCACUGGUCCAGUGAGCUGAAGUGAAGCAGCCCUGCUGGAACAGAACUGAGUAUCCUAAGAUAUAUGCAUGGUCCUGUUGUGACUGUCCCCAUGGCAGGGGCAGGGUGGGGGAGAGGAACACUGAAUGGGGAAUUUGGAGCACAACAAAGUGGAUAUAAAUGAAGUAGAAUCCAGUUGGGGGUUUCUGGUAGCGGUGAGAUUUUAUCAGUUCUCAUAAUGAAAACUGUAGUGCAUAUAAAGAAAACAUUCCAGGCCAUCAGAAGCCCCAGUUCCCAUCUUGCUAACAUGAGGCUGGAGAGCACUAGAGGCCACAGAGGUUGUAUUGAUGCAAAGAAUGUGGAAAACAGAACUGGGCCCUGAAAAAUUUAAUUAUAUUUUCCCCCCAUUUAUUUUCUUCUUGAAAGAAGUCUAAGAAAUAUAAUUCUCAGUAGCUGCACAGGGUUUCUUUUUUUCUUCUUCUAAAUGCUGCAAAGUUUUUAAAGUUUUAUUUUGGGUGAGCAAGCCCAGGGAUCCAGAAGGUUUCCAGAGGGAUCUCAUGUCUGUGGAGCUUUUAAUCCCUCUUCCUGCUUUGUUUCUGGACAGCUGAAACCACUAUGGCCUUGCUGCUAGAGCACCCUGAGGUGGGGUGGGUGAGGGCAGAAGCACAACAAGAGACUCGCCCUGGACUGAAAACAGAUUGGGCUCCAAUUGCUCUCAGAGAAGUCAGUAGCAUCACACUGGAAUGGAAAUAAAAACAAACAAACAAACAAACAAAACCAAAAAAUAACAAACAAAAAAACCCCCACAAACCUCUUCUGAUACAAACUUUAGUGUUCUAGUUAAAUCCUCCAUUCUUCCUCUGCCCCUUAUGGGGAGCUUAGCUGUAAGCACUUGAGCAUAAAAACCAGGCCUUCUUUAGGGGCAUAGGGCUUGACUCAGUUGUCUAAAUGUGGGAGUCUCCUGUCACCUGAGAUACCCUACAGUACCCUGCUGGGUCUGCAGCAGCUCAUUCAGAAAGGCACAACUCUGCCCCAGGCAGGGCUGGUGUCACAGCCAUCAGCCCCAGUAGAUUGCAGAGACCUCAGGUGGCCAGAGACAAUUAGGCAACUUAAUCAAGUCCCUUUCUAAAGGGCUAACUGAGAGGAGCAGCACCUGUGACUGACGUAAUGAGGGAAUCUUCAUUAGCAUUACCAAGGGCUUAGUUAGGCAGGAUCAGGAGCUUGUCUGCACACUCCCAUGCUGUUGUUUUUCUACCCCAAGUCAGGCACACAGCCUCCACUCUGCUGAAGUUAGGCCAGGUUUAGCAGCCCAGUAGAGCAGGGGCAAGCCCAGGCGAGAGCAGGCAUCACCUCCACCCAACAACGACUUUUCCUGCCAGCGUUCAAGCAGCCCCUUUCCAAAGCUUUAUCCUAUUCAAGACAGACCCACAGACACCAUUUGCUAGCCUCUUAAUUUGGAUGAAGAAAUACCUGUGUUUUUCUGUUAGCUCUUUCCCAAACAGGCUUUUAGUAUUUUAAGCAUCCUGAGUCAGUCUGCUCCCAUCUCAAGCACCUAGGUAGACUGGCAGCCAAUACUAUCUAAAUAUCAUCAACUUUAUGAUUGCUCAUAGAAAUGAUUGUUUCAAGCUUAUUUAGUCUUGACAGUUUGAAUGUGGGAAGAUUUUGGAGGAGGAGGAGUGAGGUUGUAAAUAUCUCUUUGACAAACAUUGCUGCAUCACACACAAAAAAAUAAAAGGGGGAGAUACUUAUAAAACUGCCUUAAAAAUCAAUUCUGAAUGAUGGCAUCUCCCUCCAAACAAUUGCCACUUGACAGAGCAAGGGAUGAGUCACUUUGGGUGAAUUCUGGCAAGAAGCAGUUGGAAUCUAGUCCAGUUUCAGGAGUGAAAGUGUAAUUUAGGAGCUGAUCUCUCACUCAGUCUGAAUUCACAUCAGCACCGAUGACUGAGCACUGCAGGAUCAAACCAGUUUAAGGUCUGGGGAUGCUGUAUCUGGCCUGCACCUUCGUGGUUUGGGUGUGGCCCAGCAAGGUACCGGUGUUUCCCAGUGACUUCAGGGAAGAUGGGGUUCCUCAGCACCUCUUAAGUUCAGGCCCUGGAGCACCAUUUCCUGCUCUGAUCAUCAGCUAUAAAUGUUGAUAAAUAUAAGUGUUUUGCCUUCAUUUGAAUUGCCCAGAGCUGUAAAAUGACCUCUCUCAAGUAUAAAUCAGCCCAGAUAUAAACCUCCUCUCCUGCUCUUCCCUACACUCCUUGCCCACCUUCCCAGCCCUCCCUUGCACCUCCACCCAAGCCCUUCCCUGUCUCAAUUCUUUACCUCCUUCCACAAUUUUAUAUCUAGUUUUCAUGAACCCACAGAAAUGCUUUUGUAAAUAAUGCUGUACAGUUUGUAAUCGUCAUGUAAGCCUGUCAUCAGUGCCAGAGUCCGUCUUGCCCUCUCGCACGUUUUAAAAUCAACAGAGGAAAGUUAGAGUGAGUGGCCCACCAGUGAGCUAUAGGGUCAUCUCUGUGUGGGACAAAUGUAUAUUCCUGUAAGAUUGCAUUUUUAUCUAAGGAAUGAUGUUAUUUUAAAAUUGCUAAUAAAUUUCUAAACAAUG